AUGAGCGUGAUGAUUCAAUCGGUGGUGCGAGUGGUGCAACCGGCCUAUUCUUCAAAACGGGCACGGGUGCACCAUGUAGUAGAGAAGGAGGUUGACAAGAGCAUGGAAGACUUCGCUGCAGAGGUACGGGGUCUGUUUGAGGCGUCGUUGGAGACAGACCGCCUACUGGCAAUAUCACAACAACUGCAGAAGGAAUGCCGGGAAAGGCUGCUCAAGUCGGAGAUAUCUAUGCUGCCCUCGUACCAACACACCCUCCCUACUGGACACGAGCGGGGCGACUUCCUGGCAUUGGAUGUUGGUGGAUCGACAUUUCGAAUUGCACUGAUACGACUUUUUGGAAAGACAAAGCCUGGAAACGAUGGCUUGCAAAUACGAAGGAUACGGAGCUUCGCGAUCGAUGAGCAGAUUCGCGCUCUCAAAGGACAAGCAUUCUUCGACUGGAUGGCAGAGAGGAUAGGCGAUAUGCUGGUGGAGUACAACCACAUCAACGGCACCACGAACGCAAACUUACCCAUGGGUCUUGCGUGGUCUUUCCCUAUAUGCCAAACAUCACCGAGGACGGGAAACCUGCUAGCAAUGGGCAAGGGCUUCAACGCGACGCAUGGUGUAGAAGGACAGGAUCUCAGCGAGCUCAUCAUGAAGUCGUGUCGGCGGAAAGACCUCAACGUGGAGAUGCGAGCUAUUGUCAAUGAUGGCGCAGCCACCUUGAUAUCGCAGGCUUACCGAGACCCCACCACACGGAUGUCCUUGAUCUUGGGUACUGGCACGAACGCAGGAGUCUACCUACCUGUUGCUGCCCUUGGAUCUGACAAGUUUGGGGACCGACCGGCAAGCUGGUUCGAGGCGGCGGAACACGUCCUCGUGAACACUGAGAUGAGCAUGAUCGGCAAACAGCACUUACCCGUAACUCGUUGGGACGAUCUACUGAACGCAAGACACAUACUACCGGACUUCCAACCUCUUGAAUACCUGAUCACUGGUCGAUAUCUUGGAGAGAUAGUCCGAUUGAUACUUCUGGAAGCCAUUGACACUGCUGGCCUAUUUGGUGGACAGACACCUGAACGACUUGACGAGGCAUAUGCAUUGGAUUCUCGAAUUCUUGCAGAGUUCGAGGCCGACACGACGACCGGGCUGGACAAGGCAAGAGCAGCAUUCCAUCAAGCGCAUCCUCUUCGCACGUCGCCGCGCGUCAGUGAACUCCAAUUUGUUCGCGACGUGUCAAGACUGGUCUCACGGCGAGCGGCCGCAUACCUCGCCACAGCGCUGCAUGCCAUUUGGACGACCCGCACAGAGUCCGAGGGACUUGCCCCGGGCGAAGCCACGCAUGUUACCAUCGCAUGCAACGGUACAAUCGUGGAGAAGUAUCCUGGCUACCGCGAGCUGUGCCAGACACGCCUAGACGAGCUGUGCGUGGCGUCGGGUGCAUCACGAGGCGCCGUCACGUUGAAGAUGGCUCCUGAGAGCUCCAUCUACGGGGCCGCGGUUGCGGUCGCGUGCAUGCAAGACCAAGAUCAAUGA